AUGGGCCCCUCACACUCUUUACAAGCCAAACAAAACGUUGUCACAUGUAAGGAUACCCUCUGUGGUUCUCUUCACUGGCCUAGUAACCACCCUUGCGAAACCCCCGACGAGCAAUGUGACUACGAGGUCCAGUAUGCUGAUCAUGGUUCAUCUAUGGGUGUCUUGGUCAAAGACUCAUUUCCUUUAAGAUUCAUCAAUGGUAGUAUUGUUGGUCCCCGCCUAACAUUCAGGUUGGUUGCUUGA